CCGGAAGUAACUCUUCAAUAUAAUAUGCGACGUGUUUUGCUGUCAAAAUUGACAUUUCUGUUAUUUUGAAAGAACCGACGGACUAUCCAGUUUAUUUUGGAUGAUUUUAUUCUAACUCAACUUCAAAAAGAUUUGCCAUGGGGGCCAACAGUAGCAGUUUCAGUGACCUGGCUACUAACCCUUACCUGAUGAGGUUUGCCAGCAGCGAGCCGAUAUCUGUACAUGACCCAUUCUGGAAUCAGCUACUCUCAUAUACAUUCCUUAUACCCAUAAACAGCUCUGAUGCUAAGCUGCUAGAAGAAAGCACAGCAUUGACCUGUAAGAAUCUUGCCAUCAACAACUGUAAGACUGGGAACUUUGGCGCCCUUGUGAGAAAGUUCCUGGUCAGAUGUACGGAGUUGAAGGCCUCGGCACAAUGUGAAGACAAUAUCUUCACCUGGCAGACCUACAAUGCCCUGUUCAUUAUACGCAGUGUGUGUAAAUAUCUCGUUGAACAUCUGAGUGAAGAUUUACUAAUACAGCAGUUUGAUGCAAAGUUACCAAAGGAGGAAGGUCAGACUGCAGACGUAGAUGACGCUACACCAAUGGGUGAACAGUUGAUGACGGCGUUGGUAGAGUUGUUGGUUGAUGUUCCAGUCCUUAACUUUACAUAUGCUCUACACCUGGAGGCCCUGAAUGCACUUCUGGUCCUACUCUCGGUACAGAUGUUCCAGCCGAUGCCAGCCAGCAAAUUCGCAGUUUAUAAAUACAUGAUGGAAGGAAAAUGUUCGAUCCAUGCCUGUCUGCUGGUGAAAGCUCUUAUUCGGAACUAUGUCAACCAGGAGAAAUGUCCGGCUGAACUAUACAAAAACACAACGGAUUCCGUCGGAGCAAUUGCAAACAUGACUGCUUCCUUAGCAUCCAGCCUUUGGUCAGUUGUCACUCUUGGAAUGGGUUCGACCAAUGAAAAGAAAGAGGAAGAGUUUAAUGAAACCCUGCUAGCCAAUCAGAGCCUACUAUUCCUGAUGGUAUUGACCAAUCACUGUACCAGUGACAUGGCACUCAAUAAUCCAUACAGACAAGCUCUAUUUCAGUUCACAAACUCACAAGACGAUGGUCCUGAAUAUCUUAAUGAGCAGUCAACAGCUCCAACCACAGCCCAUGCAACUUUCAAGACAGACUUCACAGAGCUCUAUAAAACCCUGUGCUCCACAUUACGAGAUGACCAAACCACACUGCUCCUCUACCUGUUGAUCCACAGAAAUCCAAACAUGAAGGCCUUUAUUCUGUCGCGGACAAAUAUUGACCAACUGGUGAUGCCAUUGUUGAAGAUUCUCUACUAUGCACAAGAAAAGAAUUCUCACCACAUUUACAUGGCGUUAAUUAUUUUGUUGGUUCUGUCAGAAGAUGAUGUCUUUAACAAGGCUGUACAUGAGAUUAGCCUGAAGAAUGUGCCAUGGUUUAAGGAGAGACAGAUGUCUGAGAUCUCGCUGGGUGGAUUACUGAUUCUGGUUGUUAUACGAACAAUACAGUUCAAUAUAGCUCGUAUGAGGGACAAGUACCUUCACACCAACUGUCUAGCAGCACUGGCGAAUAUGUCGGCACAGUUUACCAACCUUCAUCAAUAUGUGGCCCAAAGAUUAGUCAGCUUAUUUUCGCAGCUGUGUAAAAAACACAUGAAACUGGUCGAACAGAUCCGGGUGUCGGCCAUGAAAGAAAGCCAGCGAGGUGACAAGGUUGCAGCACCUGAAGGUCAAGGUCAAGGUCAUAAGGAUGAUGAAGAGGAAGCCAACCAGGAAGAUUAUAUGCAAGAUCUAGCGGUUCUUGAGGAAGUCAUACGAAUGGUUCUGGAGAUUAUCAACUCGUGUUUAACGUCUGGUCUCCAUCACAAUCCCCACCUCGUAUAUACGCUGUUGUAUCAGAAAGACGCGUUUGGGCUGUUCCGAUCACACCCAACCUUUCAGGACGUCAUUGUGAAUAUUGACACUGUGUUGGCGUACUUUUCAACAAAGUUGGAACAAAUGGGCGGGAAUUCUUCUCCCUCAGAAGUGUUACAAGUGAUCGAGCAGUCAUCACGGCAAUUUAGAAGAGAUAGAUUAAAGAAAUUCCCAGAGUUGAAGUUCAAGUAUGUAGAAGAGGAGUCGCCGGAGGAGUUUUUCAUCCCGUACAUCUGGUCACUCGUGUACCACUCGUCCAAUAUGUACUUUAAUGCAACCAAAAUCAUACUGUUUUCAUUGAGUUCAUGAUAGUGUAGGAAAAUGGUUCAACUGUGAUGUUUUCUGUGUUUAUAUGUUAAGCUCAUACGAGCAUGUGGUGUGUUAUUGUGAUCGAAAGUUGUUGUCGUCCAUUGUGGGUCUUUAACAUGUGGGUUUGACUUCAACAUGUGUUUGUGGGAUGUCAACAUGUUUUAUGUGUGUGACGUCAACACGUGUGUAAUGUCAACAUGUUUUAUGUGUGUGACGUCAACACGUGUGUAAUGUCAACAUGUUUUAUGUGUGUGACGUCAACACGUGUGUAAUGUCAACAUGUUUUAUGUGUGUGAUGUCAACACGUGUGUGAUGUCAACAUGUAUUAUGUGUGUGACGUCAACACGUGUGUGAUGUCAACAUGUUUUAUGUGUGUGAUGUCAACAUGUGUGUGAUGCCAACAUGUGUGUGAUGUCAACAUGUGUGUGACAUCAACAUGUGUGUGACAUCAACAUGUGUGUGACAUCAACAUGUGUGUGACGCCAACAUGUGUGUGACGCCAAUAUGUGUGUGACGUCAACAUAUGUGUGACGCCAACAUAUGUGUGACGCCAAUAUGUAUGCAACUUAUCAACUUGUGUUGAAUGAUGAUAGUGUUAUUUUAACUCGUCUGUUCUUCAUAGGUAAGAAGUAGGGGUAUUGUAUUAGCCUUGGUGAUGUUGUCGCUGUCCUUGUGCAGAAAACUUAACUUUGAUUAUGCAUUUGUCAUGAUAUUGGCAUAAAACUUGGCACACAUGUUGCCAGUCACAAUACGUGCAUUUAUUUUGCAAGGAACAUACUAAUAACUCUCGUUUCAAUAAUUAACAUGGUAAUGUCCCUUGUUUGAUUAUAAAAGCAAGAACAGAGUGGCAAUGAUUAUAAAGUUUGUACACAUAUAAUCAGCCACAAUAAAAGCAAGUAUUGCAAGGAAAAUAAUGCUGGCUUCAAUAAUUAAUGAGUUAUGCCCCUUGUUCGAAAUGAAAAUCAAGAACAGAAGUUUUUGAUGUAUGCCCACAAUGUGUUGAGUAUGUUAUUGUCAUAUCUCCAUUUGAAGAUGUAAAAUGUGUGUACAUACUUCAUGUCACAGUAUUUAAGACUACUUAUGUAUAUAGGUCCAAUUCUAUGGUGAAACUGAGAGAACCAUUGUUAUAAGUUAUAACCAGUAUAUAUGUUACUGCAACCAAAUGUAUUGUUUUCAUUGUGGUUUUGAUAGUAGGGAAAACUUGUUUGGCUUCUGUAUUGUUGUUAUUGAUGUUUAUUUUAGUAUGCACAUUUUUUGGGCCUGCAUGAAAUAUUGAGAAUUACCUGCUGCCAAUGAACGGCAUACGCACAGUUUUCUGCCUUUUUGUUUUCAUCUAAUCUUUAUCACGCUUAGUCACACUGUUUAUGGGCAUAAUGUCUUUUGACAAGAUGGAAAGCAAGCCUGUCCCAUUAAUGCACGAGUCAUAUUUAACCACGGCCUCCCAAGGUCCUUAAAUAGCGGAGACUUUGACUUUUUGUCCAGCCAAGCCCGGGUAAAAUCCCCGCCAUGCGUGGAUAAACUGCUGGUAAAAUCCACGCCAAAUUCCCAAACACCCCAGGAACGCUAGGUAAGGCCCUUUCCCCACCAUAUUUGGCGCAAAGACAAAACCACCGCAUGCACUCGGCACUGCGGUGCCACCUGGAAGGUAAAAACACUGUCCAUUUCCCCGGCUAUCCCUGGUAUACCCCUGGACCUGGGGGAACCAUAGUUACAAUAGACUGGUGCAUAGGUUACUCCUUAGUUGUCUAUUUAGAUUGUCAAAUUUUGGACAAAAUUGACCUGUUGACUCUCUAUCUUGUUGUUUUAUUCAAUCAAGUCUUUACAAAGCCUCCUCACACUGUGUACGGUCAUCAACUCUCAAACAGGGUUCAUGACGAAUUGGAUAUGUUUUGCCCUUUUUUUGUAUCACUUGAAAAAGGUCACAUUUAACUAGUACUAUUGGCGUUUGUUGUAGCAUCCACAAUACUUUGAUAGACAAUACCUAACAUAUUUAUCAUUUAUUAUCAAAUCAUAAUGAAACUUGGUCAAAGUGUUUGUAAGCUGUGUUCUCAGUCAAGUUUGUCCGUGGAGUAAACUGCCUUUGUUCCUCCAAAGUUAUGCCCCUUUUACAUUAAAAAAUAGUUGAUUUAUUUUUCGUCAGACAAUGAAUUCAGUAUGUAUUAUCCAGUAAUGAUGAAAUUGGUGACAGUCUUUGUGAGCUGAUUUCUAAAUCAAGCUUGUUCAUGGGGUAUUUGAUUAUUACAUCAGUUUCUCCAGAGUUAUACCCCUUUUACAUUAAAAAUUAGUUGAUUUAUGUUUUGUGCAGACAAUGACCAGUAUGUAUGAACCAGUCAUGAUGAAACUUGAUUACAGUGUUAAUAUCAUUAUGUCUUAGUCAAGUUUGUUUAUGGGUAAAUCACCAAGAGUCAUGCCCCUUUUACAUUAAAAAUUAGUCAUCGUGCAGACUAUGACAAGAAUAUGUACAUUCAAUCUACCUUGACCAUAAUUCAUGAACUAUUCAAGAUAUUCUAUAUGAACUUAUUACAACUGUUCUCAGAGACAAUCCACAUUGUUUAAGGAAGGUCCGAUACUCUUGCCUGAUUACGCGGUAAUAAUUGCCCUUUGUUAGGCUGGCAAAACAACACCAAGCAAGCAUUGGCAUUCUGUACCUGGCGCUAUUGUUUAUCAUAAAUCACCUUAACAAUAUUAGUGUUAACAUUUUAAAGCAAAUUGAGUCAUCAAAUUGAUUAACAUUCCCUCAUUUAUCAAAAUGUACAGUCCUGGCCCCAAUUUCUCGAAACUUCUUAAGCUUAACAGGCUUAAAUAGCUUAUUUCAAUUACUCAAAAUACAUACUUGAAUGGAAUUUUGAUAAAUGAAAAAUGGUUUAAUUUAACUAACAUACAGAUUAUUUUUAUCUAAAGUAUAAAAACUCUUAAAGAAGUAAAUAUUAUCCAAAUUAUUGAAAACCAAAAAAAAGUGAGUUUAGCCUAAUCCUGUUAUAAGGGACUUAAGAAGUUUCAGUAAUUGAGGCCUGAUGAUUAACAACAGCUUUUAAAUAGGAAAUAUUUGAUGAUGAGCUUAUCUAUUGAUUUUUUUUAAAACAAGAACACCUGAAACAACUGUCUCAAAUUUUGAUAGAAAUCUCUGCAGACCACAGGUAUAUCCAUUUUAGCAGUAAAGACUUGAAAGUUAACAACUAUGAAGUUAACAAGUUCCUAACUUAAAGUUCUGAAUAAUCGACCCUAUUUUUAUAUAUAUUUAUUGUGUCUGAGUCUACAGGACUAAUUUCAUCUGAUUAUGUCACAAUUUUAUUAUGUUUUAUUGUACAUAUUUGAAUGUUAAGCUCCAAUAUUUAAAAGACGUUAAUGUUGUGAUAAAUGACACAUUGGUUUUUGUAAGUUAAUUACCCAGUGGGCAAUAAAGGUAUGAUAAAUGUG